CGUGGAGUUUUGUAGGAUAGACUUUGUAUUGGCUGCAGGGCUGUUGGCCUUUUUUUCUUCAUUAUACUCUUAAAGAGAACCAGCAGGAAUAUAAAGCAGCCUUCAGAUCUCUCUGCACUGCUUGUUGGAGGGAGCUGAGGAAACUUUUCUCUCUGAGUCUUGCUGAAUACCUGGCCCUGUAAAGAAAAAUGAGUGACACGCUGGACGAUGGCUCUUUUAUGUUCACGUCGGAGUCCGUAGGAGAGGGACAUCCAGACAAGAUUUGUGACCAGAUCAGUGAUGCUGUCCUGGAUGCUCACUUGAAGCAGGACCCAGAUGCCAAAGUGGCAUGUGAGACAGUGUGUAAGACUGGCAUGGUGUUGCUCUGUGGAGAGAUCACAUCUCGGGCCAAUGUGGACUACCAGAAGGUGGUGAGGGACACCAUCAAACACAUUGGCUACGACAACUCUGACAAAGGUUUUGACUAUAAGACGUGUAAUGUGCUGGUGGCUCUGGAGCAGCAGAGUCCAGACAUUGCUCAGGGGGUCCAUGUUGACAGACAGGAGGAGGACAUUGGAGCGGGGGACCAGGGUCUGAUGUUUGGCUAUGCCACGGAUGAAACAGAGGAGUGCAUGCCUCUCACCAUCGUCUUAGCCCACAGACUCAACUCAAAGAUGGCUGAACUCCGACGAUCCGGCAGCAUUGCUUGGCUGCGUCCCGACUCUAAAACACAGGUGACGGUACAUUACGACCAGAAGGACGGAGCUGUGAUCCCCAAGAGAGUUCACACCAUCGUAGUCUCUGUCCAGCAUGAUGACUUCAUCUCUCUGGAGGAACAGAAGAGGGUCCUCAAGGAGAAGGUGAUCGAUGCCGUGGUUCCAGCUAAAUAUUUGGACGACAAGACCAUCUGCCACCUUCAGCCCAGCGGUCGCUUCGUCAUUGGAGGACCUCAGGGUGACGCUGGUGUGACAGGCAGGAAGAUCAUUGUAGACACGUACGGAGGGUGGGGCGCUCACGGUGGCGGAGCUUUCUCCGGAAAAGACUUCUCAAAGGUGGACCGCUCUGCUGCCUAUGCUGCUCGCUGGGUUGCCAAGUCUCUGGUCAAAGCCAAACUGUGCAGGAGAGUUCUGGUUCAGGUGUCUUAUGCUAUCGGAGUGGCCAAACCUCUGUCCAUCUCCUUGUUCACCUACGGUUCCUCCCAGAAAACGGAGUCAGAGCUGCUCCAGAUUGUCAACAAGAACUUUGAUCUGCGGCCAGGAGUCAUUGUCAGGGAACUGAACCUGAAGAGGCCGAUCUACCAGCAGACAGCUUCUUAUGGCCACUUUGGUCGACCAGAGUUCACUUGGGAGAUGCCCAAAAAGCUUGUCUUCUAAAUACUCCACCUGCUCGUCCCGAUCGACUCACCUGGAGGCUGAACCAUACGUCUCUUCAUGGGCUACAACUGCCAGCUCCUUCAAACGAUAGGACAUUUUUCAUUAGGAAGAACUAAAGCCAAAGUUAGUGAUAAGUCAACUUUAAAAAGAUAAGAAGACAAUUAGUGGUUGUAGCCAACGAACAUAUAAUGGGACACUCUACCAAUGAGAAGAGAGACAUUGCAGAGGACAUUACAGUAACUAAUCCCACCCCCGUCCAUGAACAUCCAAUUAUUGGUGCUUUAGAAAUAUACAUACACUCACUAGUCACAGUAACGUAAAGGAACACUACACCAAAUACAAUCCUCUCAAGAAAGAUACCUCUACCCCACUAGAAGCAGUGUUUUGUCUCAAUGCUGUGAAUGUUCCUUUACUUGAUACGUAUGGUGUACAGAAACAACCUCAGUGCUUCAUUUACAAAAGUUGCUUUUGACAACAGCAAGUGUUUUAUCAGUGACUAUCAUAUAAAUGUCAAAAGUGUAAUUAUAGCUUAACCAAAGGCACGGCUUUAGAAGAAAGCUUAAUCUUUUUUGUCGUGACUAAAAUUCUUUUCUAAGUCUUAUUUUGUAAUGUGUGCUACGGGAAGCUGUUUGCAAUGUUACAAUCAUCAUCGUAAAACAAGACAGGACAUUAAAACGUGGAGAGAGCUAUUAUCUCUUGAGCAUUUGUUACAAUCAAGCCAUGCACUGUUGUGUAUUCAUACUGCUCUAAUUUUCUGUCAUGCUUUUAGCCCUGCUUUGCUUCAUCAAGCUGUUUUUAUUGCCGCACAGCUCACCUGGUGGCUGAUUUGUAUCUGUAUGUCUUCUUUUUUUUUACCUGCUGCUGUGACUGAGUCUGUAGAUGUGACCCAUUUAGCAAAUAACUUGAAGUCUCUUCUCUCUUUGCUCUCUGCAGUAGAUUACCAAGCUGCACACUGUUGAGACAAAGCAUUAAGUGCACUGGUGUCUUACAAUUGCUGCAUUUCUACAAUGUUUGAAGCCUAUGCUGAUCCUAGUCAAUAUCUGACUUGGAAUAGUUGCAGAUCUCCUUCUAUUUAUAGAUAUUUAGUUAAUUUCGUACUUAAUGUGAAGUGCUAAGUUUUCUCUGCAGAUCUAUAUUGCAGACUGAGAUCCUUCCCUUGGAUUUAUAAGGAAAAAGGGAGUGUUUAUUAAAUUAUGUUUCUCAAGAGGGCAUUUAGAAAAUUGAAUUUUAGGUCAGCUUUCAUCCUUGCUUAAUCACAAAGUAUUUAAUUUCAUUAUUUCCUUCUGAUGGGAUUGAGGAAGUGUCAAGAGUAAUCUUAAACUUCAUGUCUGUAGGUUUAGGAGUUUGUGAUGACCCGUGAUUUCAUCUACAGCCAAGAUUGUUUUUGUAAGAGUUUUCCUCUAUUUAAUGUGUUGAUCUGUGUCAUCUUCUGUCAACUCUGUUGGCAGAGAAACUGGACAAUGUAAAUAAUUAAACAAUAAAUUAAAGAUGAUAACUGUUAUGUGUUGAAAAUAAAAUUGGAUUACAUGAAA